AUGUNUUCCGGGGGGAACGAAAUCGGCGCUGAAGGAGCACAACACAUUGCGGAUGCGCUCCGAACGAAUACGACACUCACUACACUUAACCUCAGUGGGAACGAAAUCGGCGCUGAAGGAGCACAACACAUUGCGGAUGCGCUGCGAACGAAUACGAUACUCACCACACUUGACCUCAGGGCGAACCGAAUCGGUGCUGAAGGAGCACAACACAUUGCUAAUGCGCUGCGGACGAAUACGACACUCACCACACUUGAACUCGGGCGCUACGAAAUCUGUGAUAGAAUACCUCAACACAUUGCAGAUGCAUUGGAAAGGAAUAUAAGCGCCAAGAUGGUAUAG